UCAUAGUAUGGAGUGCAAUAUAAAAUUUUAAAAUCUUCUUAGUGACGUGCCAAAUGUUCGUUUCAUACGUUUAGUUUACGCUAAGUAAUGAUGUAUUGUAAAGUUUAUUUUAUCGUUUUACUUUUUGUAUUUUUCCAAACAAAUUGUAUGGCAUGUGAAAACCUAGAAGAAAUAGAUAAGUUUGAUCUUAUAAAUAGUAUUCGCGCGGAGCAUGGCUGGAGAGAAAUAAAAGGCAUAGUGAUCAAGGACCCAAUAGAAGGUAAAAUUACCAUCGAAGAUCUAACAGGGAAAUUUAUUUGGGAAAACAACUACGACAAGGCUGUCGAACACUUCAUAUUGUUUUUGAGUUGCAGAUAUGUCCAACACUUGAAAGCGCUCAGGAUUACAUGGUUGGGCUUUGUCGAAGGUUGUCGUGAAGAAGAAGAGAAAAUAAGUUUCACAUUUUGCGUUAGUAAACUAUAUUGUGUGUUCAGAGAGUCAAAACAGAUGUUGAUUCACAUGACAGAUGGUUUGGUCGACUUGGAAAAACUUUCAUCGAAUACAUCUCGAUUUUAUCACAAAAAUCGUAGCCUGAUAAUGAACUUUAAAGAAGUCGUAUUCGAUCACAUUAAUCAAUAUCCAAAUCCGGAUUUUAUGAACAAGGACGACGAAAUCAACGAGCAAUUUACUGAAGACGUAUACCAAAGUAUUUCUGAUAAAGUUAGACAGCGACUUAAUGUUUGGGAUAAUGAAAGAGAUAAAGGUUGUACUAUACAAACAUCUUCUAUGACUUAUUUUGAUUUUUUGGAGAGAUACGAUAAAUUAUUGGAUAAGUCAGCAUUUUCAAACGAUGAAUACGUUUAUGUUAGUAAACGACUUUAUGGGUUUUAUGAUAAUGUAAUAGAAAAUGAUUAUUUUAGACUUGGUUUGGAUAAGUUAAAAAAAUAUAAAAUCAAAUAAAUUUUCCUUUCAUUACCAAAUACAAAUACAAUUCAUUCUACCACAAACUAUCUUAUAACCAAAAUAAUGUUUCGACGUUUUUGUUGGUAGUACCUACCAACGUUUAACCAGCAUUUUAUUGGCAUUUUUUUUUUUGUAAUAAUGGACAUAUUGUUUGUUGUAAGCUUGUGUUUGUUAUAUGGGCUUUAAAAAAUAUGGCAAAUAUUAUAAAUCAGAAAAUUUUAAUUGUUGUAGGUGCAAUAAAUAAUGUCUAAUAAUAUUUCUUUGAUGUUGACACAAGAUUAAUUAUUUUUCUUUAAGGUCUAUUAUUUAAAUUAAUAUUUUAAUUAGU